GCCCCUCACAGAGAGUCUUGACCUCAGCUGUCUGUAUCUCCUUAGCAGUUUCCUUCCUAUCCUUACAACCAAAACCUCACAACUUUCAAAAUGGGCUUCUUCUCCCCCGCCCCGUACCACAUCAUCAGCUACGGCUUCCUCCUCGGCACAACCUUCUUCCACACCUUCGUAGGCGGCAUCGUCUCCUUCCGCGUCCUCCCCCGCCCCCAGUUCUCCUCCCUCAUGUCCUCCCUCUUCCCAAUCUACUUCACAAUCCAAACCGCCCUCCCCCUCGUCCUAGCAAUCACCUACCCCGCCAGCCAAAACCCCUUCGGCAUCACCGGAGGCAUCACCGGCUUCCUUCACUCCUCCAACCGCUACUCCACCUUCGUCCCCGUCACCGCCACCUUUGUGUCCGCCCUCGCCAACCUCGCCUUCGUCGGUCCUCUCACGACCAAGGUCAUGGAUGAGAGGAAGCUCCAGGAAAAGAAAGACGGCAAAAAAUCCUGGGACUCCCCUCCCCACUCGCAAGAAAUGCAAGCCCUCAACAAGCAAUUCGGCAUCCUCCACGGCGUGUCCAGCUUCCUGAACCUAGGCACCUUUAUCGGAAGCCUUGUUUACGGCGUUACCCUGUCCAAGAGACUCUCUUAAAACCAAUCCCCAACCUACCAGCAAGUACCUUGCUCCCCACCCGAGUUCAAAGCGCAUAGUUCGUCUCAGGUCCAACGUCUCAAGUCAAGGUCAAGGUCUCUUCCCACAAACACACACACACACACACACGCAAAGCACAAAGUCACAUGGCAGCAAGCAUUACGAAUGACAAAUUUGGUUUAUCACACCAUGUUUUUUAUCAUGUGUUUCUGCUCUGUAGGUUGGUUAUACAACAUACACAUUUACAGAGAAAAACAAAGCCCCAUCCCUUUACACGCCCAAACCCAGAUAUCUCGAAACAAAAUGACAAAUUAACGCCCGCUAUAGAAUGCCCUUUUUCUCUCAGGAGACAGUGAAAGAAAAAAAGCAAAAUACCACAAAUCCCGCCGCUUGUUGUGUGUUGUGGUAUUAAUAGACCCGCCAAUUUUCCGUGUCAACGAUCCAACGCAAAUAUCCCAUCCCAUUCAUCUACCCAUCCAUCCAGUUUCAGAAUCCAGUUGCGGCGGCGGGCUUUGCAACCCAUUCAUCCAUCCAUCCAUCUACCCACCCACCCAA